UUCCUACGGCGAACCACAGCGAUGUGAACACAUGAGGCUCGAACCUCUCACCUGCUGCGCGGUCUUCACAUUGGAGGGAAAAGCGGAGAGGGACCAGUGCGAGGGAGCGCUCCAAGCUCGCGGCGGACGACCGCUAGCUGACAUACCGCGCUCCACGGGACGACCGCUGUCUUCAGAGAGCCGGCGACCGUGGCCUGGAGUCGCUGAAAGAACGGCCCCCGUGUUCCAGAAUACACUGAUCUAAACAUCAAAAGGCCUGAACAUCGUCACCCUUCCCUUGCCCCCCCCCCCUUCCUCCAUCAUGGCUGCCAAACCUCACCCCCCUCUCAUGAAGAAGCACAGUCAGACCGACUUGGUUAGUCGAUUGAAGACCCGUAAGAUACUGGGUGUUGGGGGCGAAGAUGAUGACGGCGAGGUGCAUCGGUCGAAGAUCAGCCAGAUGCUGGGCAAUGAAAUUAAGUUUGCUGUAAGGGAGCCUGUCGGCCUCAGGGUGUGGAUCCUCAUUUCGGCAGUCACGUUCACUGUCAUGGCGCUGAUGGCUCUCGCCUUCCCCAACCAGCUGUCCGAGAUUGUACUGGAAGAGCAGCUGCCCACCACGAGCAUCUCCAUCCGCCUCUACGGAGGAGCUGUCCUCAGUAUCUCUCUAAUCAUGUGGAACGGGCUGUACACCGCAGAGAAGGUCAUCAUCCAGUGGACCCUACUGAUGGAGGCCUGCUACUUCGCAGUGCAGUUCUUAGUGAUGACCGUGACUCUCGUGGAGAUCGGCUCGGCAUCCAAUGCCGCCAUUCUCCUCCUCCUCAGUCGAGUGCUCUUCCUCGUCGUCACGCUCGCAUACUACUACCACCUGGGACGCCGAUCCAAGAAGAUCUGAGGCACACGAGAAACUCCGAUGGAAGUUGGGGGGUGGGGGGAGCGGGUUUGGGUCUGGGGUGCAGUUUGGUUGUGGGGUUCGGUGGUCUGGGGCCUGGGUACUGCGUCAUCUGAGGCAUCGGCACCUGGCCUCUUCCAUGGAAACUACCCCCCCCUCCAACCGCUAACGUGGGCGCUGCAGUUCAUCUUAGUCAGGGGAUAGCGCACCAAGUCGAGUCCCACUGUGGUUAGGUGGUUUUCGUCAGUAGUCUGCCAUUCGUUCAUGUCGCCGAAAACGCUGUUUACCAAAACAUACAGAAUUGUUCUUUGUGUAGGUCACGUUUGGGACUGUGGUUUCACCAAAUGGAAGCAAAAUAUUUGGGGGAAAUACUUACCUGAUGUUGAUACGAAGCGCCUGCAAAUGUGCGAUUAUGUAGUGGUUCUCAGUUUUAAACUGGGAGGCACCUUCUUAGCGCCAAAUUACACGACUCUGUAUAACUGGUGAGCACACGGUGAGGGCCAGUAUGUGUGUUAUGUUCGGGAAUGUGUGUUGAAAGCAGGGAACGGCGUGUACUUCGCGGAGAAGGGUGACAGACUCCGCUUGUGACGAGUCUGCUUCCUGUUCCUCGCUGGAUCGACUCGCAUGGAGGCGUUUCUCCAGAUGGAUUCAUUUUUAAAUAGAAGUACUGAGGUCACCAUUGCUGCUGCUGGACAUACCUGUGUCGCUAAGGGUGCUGUUGUUGAGGAACUCCUCACUGGAUGGAAACAAACGUUGAGCGCCACGGUUCUCCACGCUGUGUCUUCCGACAGUUUGCCGUAGGACGAGGCGUAGGUCUCAUCUCGGUUAAGGACUCGCCUCCUUGGGACACGUGGGCACGGCCUUAUGCUGGCGGUGAAUUUGCCGCUCGAUGAAUGAAAUCGCACUCCGUCCUCAUCGGGAACAUUCGAGUUUCAAAGAAAAUCGAACGGAGGCAAAUCAAGCUUGGGAAAACGGGAGCAAAGCGCAAAAAUACCUUUUCGUUUUAUGAUCGUGCAUCUUAAUCCAGUUUUGACUGAGCACAACCAUUUAAACGUAGACUUUGAUAGGUGUCCAAACACUUUAAUAGCAGGGUGUCCUGCGAGUUUCAGAAAAAUUGAUCCUUUCCUGCUCAGUCUCAAAUCCUUACAGUUGUAGGAAUCUGCACUUGAGCAGCCGUGUUUCAGACAAACCUGUCAAACAGCGUUUUUCUGAAAACGGCAGGCAGCGGGAAAGAGAGCAGGAAACACGGUAGACUUGAGUGACGUGCGUCUCGGAUGCUAGUCCUGUGUCCCAGAGUCUUUAUUUUUUAGAAUUCGGAUCUAAAUUACGCAUGCGUUUGCUCGCUGUCGGGGAUCCGUGGUCGAGUGCGAUUUGGUGCGUCUUAAGCAGCAUGGUUGGAGGCAAAUGCACAUGCCUCAUCCUAAAUAUUACACUACAAAGCACAGAGCAUGUACGCCGUAGCUCACUGAACCUCACUGUUUCUUUCCACUGAUGUAGCUGUAUCUUUUUUUCCCCAAACACGCAUAUCCUUAGUCUUGCCUUAAAUGAAGUACAAACGAUGACGGAAAGGUAGUUUGAUACUUGCUAUCAAUAUUGUAAAUAGUUAACCGCCUUCAUGCUGUAGUUUUUAUUAGAGCCGGGAAUAAAAAAUGUUGUUUUUGAGUUGCACAAAUGUAGUGCGCCACCUGUUGAAUGGGUGUUGUUACUGCGCUCUGUACCAAGUGUGUCUCAUACUCUUGUACUUUAAGUCUGGUUUUUUUUUAUUUUUUUUAUUUUUUUUUUUUAUUUUAAAAAAAAGCAUGCAACUUAAUCCAAGUGUGGUAUAAUAGUACAUUUCUCUUGAUGCAAAGUGGCUUGGAACUGUGGGAUGGUUUUGAAAGAGGUUGAUUUGUUGUUUAGCUGGCGCUCUUAUAUGAAACAAAUUAACACGCAUGAUCCUAAAUUAUAACUCGGUAUAUACACUGGAGUAAUUCAGGGUAAGUACCUUGCUGAAGGGUACUACAGCAGUAGCAGGAAAUGGGGCUUGAACCAACGACUUUCAGGGUGCAAGUCCAAGUCUUUAAAUGCUGAGCUACCUAUGAAUGAAUGAAUGAAUGACAAUGAGUCAGUGAUCCACAGGUUCUUUACCCAAGCUGUAUCUCUUGUAUGGACUGUUUGGGACUUCUGUGAUUUAUAUAUACGAGCUACAGCACACUACGUAUGUAUAUAUGUAUUAAUUUUUUAGCGGCCGUCAGCAGUUAAAGUGAAACGUCAUCUCCUCAUUUGAUUUGCCCGGCGUUGCCUAGAUGCAGUAUUUCACUCAAAGCCAGGUUCCAGUCACUACAAACUUGCUUUCCUGAGACAAGCCGGUGGUCUAAAUGCCUGGGGAAGUCCCUCUAGUGCUUAAAUAAAGUUUCGGUGCACAAAUAAGAUUAAACGCAAGUGAUCCACAGCACCGUUUUCCAUGUUCCGGUAGAACUGGACUUGGUUUUGCUAAGGCUGCAUCUUCUGAGAGCAGUUAGUCUAAAUAUACUCGACAGUAACAAGGUUGUCCAGCAAGCUCCUUCUCUGACCGCUGACGUGGCCGGAGUCGCUGUGCUCUGCCGAUCGCUUGCUAAAAGGCUGCUGGUGAAAGCUGAAGGAUAAUGACCGGUGGGAGAUGUUUGGCUCAUCUGCCCUACAAUGCAGGACGCAUGUUACCCUUUGUACAGCGAGGGCACUGUGCUCAGAGAUGCAGCAUUUGGUUUGUGCUUCUAACUCUGUGCGCAAAGCAGUAAUUAUCUCCCUUGUAGCGUUUAAUUACCAUAUCAGCUUGAUGUCGUGUGCUCCGGCCUUCUGCGUUGCACUGAAAAGCUGUAAUUUUGCAGUACACGUCAAUAUGUAGUUUCCUAAGGAGGACUUGAAAUAUCUGAUAUGCGAAACCUUCGGUACUCAACUUACCCUUUCAAGACGGAGAGUUUUCUCAGCAGCGCUGUCAGGAAAAGGGAAGAUUUUGAGGCCUCUUAACCAGAGGUGUGCUUGAAGUAAUGGAGCUGUUCAUCAGAUACAAAGCUGAGUGAAACUGUGUGAGCAGAACAUUUCACUUUCUCAGUACUGCUUUUGAGAUCCAUGUCUGUGAGCCCAGGGUUAUUUUUACAGCCUUCUUGCAGCUAAAGAAAAAAAACAUAACUUGGCAUUCUCCUAAUGUUGCUACAAGAUUAUGGUGCUGCUAAGCAACACGGCCAUUUCAACACCUCAGUUGGAUCGACAAUGACCACCACCACCCCCCACUCCACUCUGGCUCUGUCUAUGGACAAAAAUGUAUAAAAGCUUCACAAAAAUGGUUUUUAAACAUGUAUGCUCAUCUUGAACCUGAAAGGAGGGUUGUUGUUCUAGAGUUGCUUUGUUUUGUUUGACUUUGGGGAAAUAAAAUAUGAUGAAAAUACUGUAUUUACUUUUGGAAACAUCAACUUAAAUUUUGUGUAUGUAUG